AUGCCGGGACCGUCGGCGCACGGACAGCGGAAUAAGCGGCACAACAGUGGACGGCAUCAGAGUAAACAUUCGUGGAAAAAGCACAAGACGAGCGAUGACGCGUCGGUGCGCGAGAUGUUCGGCGCGCGCGUGCGAGCGGGAUUGAAAACGGGACUCGGGGUUGGGAAUAAACGAACGCGAGCGAUGCGGGCGAGACAGGCGCGAGAGGCGAAUCGUGCGAGCGUGUUGGCGGAGAGGCGGCACGCGCGGGCGACGCCGCGCGUGACGGCUGUGUUGUGCUUUAACGAGGUUGAACAGGGCGCCGAGGACGUUCGAGCGUUCUGCGAGGGGUUGGUGAGAGCCGUCAGGGGGGAUGGGGCGAGUGAGGGAGAAAUCGAGGACGUCGUGCGGGGGAUGUUCGAAGACGCGUCGACGCCGCGGACCGCGACGAGCGCGCGGCACCGCGCGCGCGCGUCCUUCAUGCUCAUGAAUCCGAAUAACGCGCUCGCGUCGUUGGAAAUUUUGAAGGCGUGUGAUGUCUUAUUGGUCGUCGCGUCGGUGACGUCGCCCGAACCGAGUGAGGCGGUGGCGAGGUGUUUACCCACGCUCAAGGCGCUCGGGAUUCCGCAGACGCUCCUAGCACUUCGAGGCUUGGAGGAUGUGAAGCAGGCGAAGAGGCAGGAGGUUAAGAAGGCGAUGAUGAAUUUAGUCGCAAAUGAGUUUCAAAUGACGACGGAUCGCGUGAAGGCGCUUCCGGCGUCGUCCAGGGCAGAGCUCACGGAGUUGGCGAGGCAGACGCUGGAGAUUCGCGUCGACCAACCAAGAUGGCGUCUCCAGCGACCAUACGUGCUUGCACAUCGUCGCGAAGUCGUCCCGAACGCGGAAGACGAUCGAUUUGCAACUGUUAUCGUCGAGGGGUAUGUGAGAGGUGACUCUGGUAACGCGAACCAACUCUGGAACUUGCCGGGUGUUGGCGACUUUCCUGUGGCGAAGAUUGAGUCAAUUCUCGAGCCGCCAGAGGCACGAUUGAAUGCGCGCGCUGACAAGGACGACACGAUGGAGGGUGACGAGGUCUUGAUGACUUGGACGCGCGACGAUAGCAUCGCCCAGCCGGUGAUGCGCGAAAACGAACCCGACGAGAUGGCGGGCGAACAAACGUGGCCGACAGCGACGGAGCUCCAGAACGCUGAGUUGGAGUCGAUGAGGAAGGCUCGUCCGGCUGGUAUGAGCGCGUACCAAGCGUCUUGGCUCUUAGAUGGGAAAGGUGCGGAUGAUGAAGACGAAGCAGAUGACGAUGACGACGACGCGGAUAUGGAUGACGUCCCGGAUGAAGACACUUUUGGAGCCGAGGCAGAGAUGCGCGAGGGAGGUGCCGAGAUUGAGGAGGGCGAGGGAUCAGAUGAGGAGUGGGUGGCUGGCGACGACGAUGACGACGAUGAGAUGGAUCAAGAGACACGGAGAAACUUGGACGCCGCGCAACGUGACAGUAGUAAGCGGGCGAUGCUCCAGGAUGCUGAAAACGAGGAUUUAAAGUUUCCAGAUGAAAUGGACACGCCGGACCACAUGCCGGCGCGGGACCGAUUUGCGAAGUAUCGAGGUUUAAAAUCUUUUCGAUCGUCUCCGUGGGAUCCAAAGGAGUCACUCCCUUACGAUUAUUCCCGCGUUUUUGCGUUUGAAAACUUCAGACGAGCACAUAAGCGCGCAUUGGAGGUAAGAGAGGAGGAUGCGGUUGCGGGCGUGCAAGUCGGCACGUACGUGCGCAUCACCUUCGCUAACGUCCCGCGAGUGCCGGUCAUCGCUUUGUUCGAGGGGCUCGGUCGAUACAAAGCGCCGAAUCCCAGUGAGUGUCCGCGUGGCGAUGACGGGACCAUCGGCGCGGGUGUGGGUCCAUCGUGGAACGGCUGGGUCGGCGGCGCCGGCCCCGUCGUCGUCAGUGGCUUGAUGCAGUAUGAGUCAUGCCUGUCCGUGAUGAACUACGUCGUCACGAAAUCGACGAACUACGACGCACCGUUGAAGUCUAAGGACGCACUUUGGUUCCACGUCGGCUGGCGUCGCGAACGCGCGGCGCCGGUGUAUAACACGGACAAUUUGGGUGACAAGCACAAGUUGGAGCGAUUCUUGCGCGCCAGAGUGCCAACCAUCGCGAGUGUUUUCGCUCCGAUCACUUAUGGCCCAGCACCGGUGAUCGCGUUCAAGGAGACGUUUAACGCACAGGGCGUGAGCGUCGACCUAUGCCUCACCGGAUCAGUUCGUGAUGCGAAUCCGGACCGGAUCAUACUGAAGCGAGUCAUCCUGAGCGCGGUUCCGUUCCGCACGCACAAGCAUAAAUCCGUCGCGAGAUUCAUGUUCCAUAACCCAGACGAUAUUCGUUGGUUCAAACCACUCGAGUUAUGGACAAAAUACGGGUUGCGAGGCAAGAUCGUCGAGCCCGUGGGCACACACGGACGCAUGAAGUGCAUCUUCAACAACGUCAUCCAUCAACACGACACGAUUUGCGCGACGCUGUACAAGCGAGUGUACCCGAAAUUCUCCCUGAGCGAGCGACACAUCGGCUCCGGGCAGUAG